CUGGACCUCAACUCGACGCGGUGGCUCUGUGGAAGCUCCAUCCCGGAGUCGCCGCGCUGGCUGCUGCUGCAGAAGAAGACGGACGUCCUGCAGCGUUACCAGGACAACAGCCCCGCCGACAGGCGCUGUCUGGAGCAGUUGCUGGACUCGGCCUGGGCCGACCUGCAGAAGGCCAGCGAGGCUCAGCUGGAUGUGACGAUAGGCCCCGCCCCCAUUGGCCCCGCCCCCAGUGGCCCCGCCCCCACUGGCCCCGCCCCCAGAGGCCCCGCCCCCAGAGGCCCCGCCCCCAGCGCCAUCACCCACCUGAGGCACCCCACCAUCCUGCUGCGGCUCUUCAUCAUGAGCUACCUCAGCGCGGCCUCGGCCCUGACCUACUACGGGAUCUGCAUGAACAUCGGCUCCUUCGGGGUGGGCGUGCACGCCGCCCAGUUCCUGUCCGGCCUAUCGGAGGCGCCCUGCCUGCUGGUGCCGCUGCUGCGCCUGGGCCGCCGGCCAAUCAGCAUGCUGGCCCUGUUCCUCAGCGGCGCCGCCUGCUUCCUGUCCCUGCUGCUGUCCAGAUACCAGGCUGAGCCCAUGCUGGUGAUGAGUCUAGCUCUGCUGGGAAAACUCUGCAUCCUGGCGGCCAUUUUCAUCUCCAUCCUGUACAGCAUCGAGCUGUUCCCCACCGGGGUCAGACAGCGCUGCCUGGCCCUGGUGAACCUCUCCUUCCGCCUGGGCUGCCUGGUGACCAGCUUCGUGCCCCCGGGCCCCAGCGGCGCCAUCUCGCUGGCGGCCAUGUUGGUUUACGGCGGCGGGCCGCUGCUGGGCUGCAGCCUGUGCGUUCUGCUGCCAGAGACCAGCGGCGUGCCGCUCCCCGACUCUCUGGCCGACUGCCAGCGCCAGCCCAAGCUCCGCCCCCCCGGGGAGGCCGCCUUCUGGAGCCGCCGGUGA